GUGAUGCUCAGUAGAAUUUACAGUUAAAUUUUCUUUCACAAGCACCGGUUUAACGACAUGUCUUCAAGACUUGUUUGCUUCGCUCUUUGGUUUUGCUUUGUGAUAACAAAAAGCGAAAACUUCAAAGUUAACGUUCAACUGGAUUGUCAUAAAACGUUUCACAAGCUUUCUAGCAUGAAUCACGAUGUCACCCCAACAGGAGUUGUGAUCUCUCUAGCUAAUGCCGGAGUUCCCAGUGAUGCAGUUGACGUCGUGGUUUUUGCGAAAGUUUAUUCGGGUCAAACACCAACGACAGGGUCAGGAAGUUUCAUAAACGUCUAUCUAAAGGGCGCAAGUGGUAUUAUUGAAGACGAAAGGCAACUAAUGUACUACACAUACCCUCAAAAUGCCGUAUCGGUCAAUUCAGAAAAUAUGGUUUUUCCAAUAAACAGCAACUCGAAGACUAUUACAGCCCAAGUGGAUGGUACUUUUCCGUCAAGAAAUUUUGCUGCUACAGUUAAAAUUCAUGCCUCGCGAUUCAACAGACAUUCCAAUAGAGAGCUUAAUUGAUAGUGACAACGGGCUACCGACCACGGCUGAAUUGUUUUUGGCGACUGUUUGCACCUACCAAGAUGUUAUUUACAAUUCAUCCCGGAUGAUUUUAUUGACUUAGUUUGAAAAAUAUAAACUGUUCAUGACAGUAGAAAAACACAAAAUAAACUUGUUCUUUUUGUAUGCAUAUCAGUAUAGUAUAAUAGAUACACGUUCUGUCCUUUGUCACGUGACGUUUACAACUUUUAUAACUUUGUAAUCUGUGAUUUUGAUCAUUAAAAUUAGGAACCAUAAAUGAUAAAUAAACAUUUAUAA